AUGCAAUCGAUGCGCUUCAUUAUCCUGGCACUGCUUGUGCAGUUCCUCCCAGCAUGGGCAAUCAACGACCCGGCCAAAUCGGCCGCUCCCUACCACGAUGAAUUCCCUCUCUUCCGCAGCGCCAACAUGGCCUCGCCAGAUAAGCUGUCUACAGGAAUCGGCUUCCACUCGUUCCGCAUCCCCGCGGUAGUCCGCACCACCACCGGCCGCAUCCUCGCCUUCGCCGAGGGCCGCCGGCACAAUAACCGGGACUUUGGCGACAUCAACCUCGUCUACAAGCGCACCAAGACCACCACGAACAACGGCGCAGCCCCAUCAGACUGGGAAUCCCUGCGCGAAGUCGUCGGCUCCGGCGCAGGCACCUGGGGCAAUCCCACCCCCGUCGUCGACGACGACAACACCAUCUACCUGUUCCUCUCAUGGAACGGCGCCACCUACAGCCAGCACGGCAAGGACGUCCUCCCCGACGGCACGGUGACCAAGAAAAUCGACUCCACCUGGGAAGGCCGCCGUCACCUGUACCUCACCGAGUCCAAAGACGAUGGCAACACCUGGUCCAAGCCCGUGGACCUCACCAAGGAACUCACCCCCAACGGCUGGGCCUGGGACGCCGUCGGCCCCGGCAACGGCAUCCGCCUGACGACCGGCGAGCUGGUCAUCCCCGCCAUGGGCCGCAACAUUAUCGGCCGCGGCGCGCCGGGCAACCGCACGUGGAGCGUGCAGCGGCUUUCGGGGGCUGGUGCGGAGGGGACAAUCGUGCAGACGCCCGACGGGAAGCUGUACCGCAAUGACCGGCCCAGCGAGAAGGGGUACCGGAUUGUGGCGCGCGGAACCCUGGAUGGCUUUGGGGCGUUUGCGACGGACACAGGGUUGCCGGACCCGGCGUGCGAGGGUUCGGUGCUGCAGUAUAACAGCGAUGCGCCGGCGCGGACGAUCUUUUUGAAUUCUGCGUCUGGGACGAGUCGGCGGGCGAUGCGCGUGCGGAUCAGCUAUGACGCGGACGCGAAAAAGUUCGAUUAUGGCCGGAAGCUGGAGGAUGCGAAGGUCACCGGGGCGGGCAAUGAGGGGGGGUACUCGAGUAUGACCAAGACGGGGGAUUAUAAGAUUGGAGCGUUGGUGGAGAGCGAUUUCUUCAAUGAUAGGACUGGGCCGAAUUCGUAUCGGGCGAUCAUCUGGAGGAGAUUCAAUCUGUCGUGGAUCCUGAAUGGUCCUAACAAUUAG